AUGGCGCCAUUUCAACGCGUUGCCAUCCACCGAAGUCCCAAGUAUAAGCACAAUGGCAUGAAGUCCUAUGUCUGGGCGAUGAGCAAAUAUGGCUUCAACUCCACCAAACCAGGGCCUUACUUCCAAGCCAAAGUCUUCAGCCAGCAAGGAAAGUUUGGUAGAGUCGGCGGCCGCGUGAGAACUCACUACGCAUUGAGAAAGCGCAUAGAUGAUUCAGAUGCGCAAGUUCAUACGGCCUCUGAUGCGACUGACGGGGGUUCCACUGCAGUACCAUCCGAUGCCCAGAGUGGUGAGGUAACGGCAGAGGACAUUCAGAAUGAUUCUCUGUACCUCUGCCCAGUCGGGAUUGGUACCCCUGAGCAGAAACUGUACCUCGACUUUGACACUGGUUCAUCAGAUCUUUGGGUCUGGUCAACCGAGUUGCCGCAGACUAUUUUAAGUCAAGCCAACGCAAAGAACCAGCAAGUUCCAUUCGACGCAUCUAAGUCAAGCACCUUCAAGGAGUUGGGUGGCGCGACAUGGAAGAUCUCCUACGGCGAUUCGUCGUUCGCUAGCGGAGAUGUUGGAACUGACACUAUCGACCUCGGAGGGCUCAAGGUUGAGGGCCAGGCCAUUGAGCUUGCAAAGGAACUCUCCCAGCAAUUUGUACAGGGCAAUGGAAGCGGUCUCCUUGGUCUAGCAUUCAGCUCAAUCAACACCGUCUCACCCACCCCACAGAAGACUCCCGUGGACAAUAUGAUUGACCAAAAGGACAUCACUCAGCAGCUCUUCACUGCGUAUCUCGGCAGCUGGCGCGAUACCGACGAGCCGGACAAGGGAGAGAGCUUCUACACAUUCGGAUACAUUGACCAGGAUACGAUGACUGCCGCCGGCGCUACGGAGCCUAAUUACGCAGAUGUCGACAACAGUCAGGGAUUCUGGCAAGUCCAGUCCACAAGAGCCGUAGUCGCUGGUAAGACCAUCGAUCGAAGCGGGAACACAUCUAUCAUGGACACGGGUACGACUCUCUGUCUUGUCGAUGAUACUCUAGUAGAAGCGGUGUAUGCUGCGAUUCCCGGCGCGAAGUAUGACCAGAACAACCAGGGUUACGUCUUCCCAUCUAACACCACCGCCGACCAAUUGCCGGAAAUCACGCUCGCCAUCGGCGAUAAUCAGGUUGCGUUUCAGAAGGAAGAUCUUGGAUUCGCUGAUGCUGGAAAUAAUAUGGUGUAUGGCAGUAUUCAGUCGCGCGGCUCGAUGAACAUGGAUAUUUAUGGCGACGCUGUUUUGAAAGCAAUUUAUGCGAUCUUCGAUAUGAACAAUGGGUCUCCUCGCUUCGGCUGGAUUCAGCGCAAGGAGACUAGCCAGAACACGGCUGUCCCUCCAGCCUCUUGAAGAACCAAAGGCAGUCCAUGAUACUGACUAUGUGAUAGGAAAUGAAGUGUUCUGGGUGCCUCUUUCAUACAUAGUUAGUAGAGAUUUAACAAUAUCUAGCACGUUCGAAAGCGCGUCUACAAUGGGAAU